AAGCGUAGACAAUCCUGGGAUUCCUGUUUGGGAUAUUUGAUCCCUUUAUUAUUAAUCUAUGACAAUUCCUGUCAUAACAACUAAGGACAAUGGCCAAUAAGAGGAAAGUAAUAGUAACAGGUUUCGAGCCUUUUGGUGAGCAUGCAGUGAACUCCAGCUGGGUGGCAGUGCAGGAACUGGAGCGAUUAGGGCUGGGUGACGCAGUAGACCUUCAUGUGUGUGAGGUGCCUGUUGAAUAUCAGGCUGUUCAGACGCUGCUGCCCUCUCUGUGGAAAGAACCACAGCCAGAGCUGGUGGUCCAUGUCGGUGUUUCUGGUUUAGCCACCACUGUCACUCUGGAGCAGUGCGGCCACAACAAGGGUUAUAAACGCCUGGACAACUGCAGCUUCUGCCCGGCGUCCCAGUGUUGUAUAGACAGCGGCCCAGACUGCAUACAGUCAGUGCUGGACAUGGAUACAGUCUGCAGAAGGGUCAAUGACUCUGGCCUCGGGGUCAGUCUUUCUGUUUCUAAGGAUGCUGGAAGGUAUCUGUGUGACUACACCUACUACACCUCUCUAUACCUGGGGCAGGGUCACUCUGCCUUCAUCCACGUGCCUCCGCUUGGAAAACCCUACAGCAGCCACGACCUGGGUCGAGCUCUUCAGGCCACCGUACAGGAGAUGCUGAAACAGCUGGAACUGGAUCCCGAACACAACAAGCACUGCAAUCACGAGCAUCAACACCAGCAUGACCACUAACGACUUACAGUGCAGGCAGCGAUGACUCAAGAUAGUCAAUCAUCAGCUCGCGAGAUGAAUGGCAUGAAUUUCACAUUUCUCGUCAAGAUUCGGAGCUUGAGUCUGAAUUGGGUGCUUUUAACUGUGAUAUCAAUGCCAACUGUAAACCAUGUGUUUCGUCUAAAAGAUAUUGAAGGGUUUAUAGUUUUGUUUUGACUACAGCAUCUGUAUAUCUGGGUCUUUGCAUGUGUGGGUUUGAAUGUGUGUGUGGGCAUCUGUGAGUGUUAGUCACGUCUCUACAAUUCUGCCUCUGAUAAGACUGUGAAAAUAGAUGCCAACAACGAUUAUGGACAUAUUGACAUUGUAUCAAAAAGGGAGAUUUACGUGACUAUAUUAGAGUAGUACUAACAAGGUAGUAUAGCUGAAACCACAGGUUCUAUAUGGUGACACACUGUGGGAUAGUUUACACUAACUUCUGAAGCCACAGACACCCUUUACUCUGUCCUCUCACUGUUUUUGAAGUUUUUCUGUCCUCUCCAGUCUCCCAUGUCCUCUUGGUAUGAUUUGGUUGAUAUGCUUUCAUUCCUUUCUGUUGCCUGUAUUGUACCAGAGAAAUGUGAUGACAUUUAAAUGACAGAAACCUGAAGAAAUUUAAAGAUUGACACUAAAAAUUUUUCAUCUCAGGGAAUAUAUUGCAAACACAAUCAAUGGAAAGUAGUUUGAUCACUUUAGUGUCUGUCCUAUGUAUGUGCAGCUAAAAGCUGUGAUUAAAGCACGUCACAUGUCAGGCUUA